GGGCGGGGCGGGGCGGGGGGGCAGGUUGGCCGAGGAGGCCCCUCCCUGCUGCGUGGAGGAGGAGGAGGAGGAGGGGGGGAGUCUUCCGAGUCCGCCCCCCCCCCCGCCCGGGCUGCCCUGGGGCUGUCUGCAGGGUCAGAGGGGAUUCCCCCCCCCUCCCUCUCCCAUAAUACUAGAACGUGCCCGGUGAGGUUGGUGGGCCGAAGACCCGGGAGGGGCUUCGGGGCAGAGCUCUUCGCCGCGGGCGGGCUGGAGUGGCGGCAGGUUCGGGCUCCCGGCGCUGGGGGCACCCUGGGAGGGAGGGGGGGAGGGAGGGAGGGAGGGGGGGGGCGGCGCGUGGGCGCCCUCCUCUUGGCGGAAUGGGUGCUGGCCUGGGAGGACUGCCCACGCGGGGCAGAGAGAGGCCCUCUCCGCGCCCAGGCCACGCACAGUGGUUGUUGGUGCUCGUGUGGACAGGCCUGCUUGGACGGCCGCUGCCACGAGGGAAUGAUUUGAGAGACACUUUGGAUUAAAUGGCCGUUUGCCUCAAGGCAGAGAGCACUGUGGGGGCUGGAGUCCAAAUGUGCCUGUGGUGAACAUCUCGUUUUUGGAACAGCAUUUGUACAGGGGGUAGGUUUGUGUCCUCACCAUGUUCUGGAAAUUUGAUCUGAACACAACUUCGCACGUUGACAAGCUGCUGGACAGGCAGGAUGUGACGCUGACUGAGUUGAUGGAUGAGGAUGACGUCCUCCAGGAGUGCAAAGCGCAGAACCGCCGGCUGGUGGACUUCCUCUGCCAGCAGUCCUGCAUGGAGGAGCUGGUUGGCCUCAUCACUCAUGAGCCGCCCCUGGACAUGGACGAGAAGGUCCGCUUCAAGUAUCCCAACACAGCCUGUGAACUGCUGACCUCUGAUGUGCCGCAUAUCAAUGACAAGCUUGGAGGGGAUGAGACAUUACUGGAUAUCCUCUAUGAGUUCCUGGAUCAGGAGCCUCCCUUGAACCCUUUGCUUGCCAGUUUCUUCAGCAAGACCAUGGGCAAUCUCAUCGGAAGGAAAACAGAGCAGGUGAUUUCAUUUUUGCGAAAGAAAGUCACGUUUAUUGACCUGGUGCUAAAGCACAUCGACACGUCUGCCAUGAUGGACCUUCUCCUGCGAAUCAUCAGCUGCGUGGAGCCAGCUCAGUUGCGGCAGGAAGUUCUGAAUUGGCUGAAUGAAGAGAAGGUCGUUCAGAGGCUGGUGGAGCUGAUCUCUCCCAGUCAGGAUGAGGACAGACAGUCAAACGCUUCCCAAACCUUGUGUGACGUCAUCAGACUCAGCCGAGAUCAGAGCAGCCAACUCCCGGAGGCCACCGAGCCUGACCCACUCCUUGCAGUGUUGGAAUCGCAGGAAUGUGUGGAGCAGCUUCUGAAGAAUAUGUUUGACGGAGAGCCAACAGAAAGCUGCCUCGUGAACGGCACGCAGGUUUUGCUGACGCUGCUGGAGCCAAGACGUUCUGGAGCGGAGGGGCUCGUGGAUCCUGCCUCUCAAGGCCUCGACCGGUCCUCCGUUGUCAACCGCAGCAUCUUGCUUGGCAUCGAGUCCCGGCUGAAGGACUUCCACCAACUUCUGCUCAGCCCCCCCAAGAGGAGCCCCAUCCUGACAACCAUUGGGGUCCUGGAGGAGCCGCUGGGCAACGCCCGUCUUCAUGGGGCCCGCCUGAUCGCCGCCCUUCUCCACACGAACAGUGCUGGCAUCAACCAGGAGCUGUGUCGCCUGAACACCAUGGACCUGCUUCUGGACUUGUUUUUUAAAUAUACUUGGAAUAACUUUUUGCAUUUCCAAGUGGAAUUGUGUGUGGCAGUUAUUCUGGCUCACUCUGCAAAUGAAAGCAAAUCAGCCACAAAAGACACGGAGAAUAAGGAGGGACCAGACGGGUGUGCGGCUUCAGAGGACCUGGAAGUACCAGUCAGCCCUCCUGAAAACAUCAUGGUGACACAUUUAUUCCAGACAUGCUGCCUGGUGCAAAGGAUCCUGGAUGCCUGGGAGGCAAACGACAAAAUACAGGCUGACGGUGGGAUGAGGAGAGGCAACAUGGGCCACCUGACCCGAAUCGCCAACACUGUCGUGCAGAAUAUGGAGAAGGGCCCCAUGCAGUCCCAGAUCAGUGAGUUUGUUAGAGGGCUUCCGGAGGAUUGCAGAGGGCGGUGGGAGAGCUUUGUGGAGGAGACUUUGACAGAGGCCAAUCGGCGGAACACAGUGGACUUGAUGAGCACUCACCACCUGCACUCUUCCAGUGAGGAGGAGGACCUGGAGGCAGCUUUCCCCAAUGAGGUCUCUCUCCAGCAGGCGUUCUCCGAGUACCAGAUCCAACAGAUGACGGCCAACUUUGUGGAUCAGUUUGGCUUCAAUGAUGAAGAGUUUGCUGACCAGGAUGACAACAUCAAUGCACCUUUUGACCGCAUUGCAGAGAUUAACUUCAACAUCGAUGCUGAUGAGGACGGCCCCAACGCCUCCCUGUUUGAAGCUUGCUGCAAUGAACGAAUCCAGCAGUUUGAUGAUAAUGAAGAGGAAGAGGAGGAAGAUAUCUGGGAGGAGAAAGAAAUCAGCUAUGCAACCCAAGUCAAGGCCAGGACACGGUUUGGAGUGUCUCAUUCCUCAGAGGGGUCGCCCAGAAGUGGCUUGCAGAAUGGCGACCGUGAGGACCACGGGAACUUGGAAGGAGUGGAAACAAAACAGGCACCUCGCUCAGCGACGGACGACAACGGCAGCCCUUUUGAACAGAGGAGUUCGGGUCCCUCUUCUGAAGGAUCCGAGUGGACAGCUGUGUUUGAACCGGUCAGUGGCGAGCCUGCAGCUUCAUGCGUGGCCAUGGAUGUCGGCUCCAGUGUGUGGGACUCCGCUGCCUCGGACCUCAAGGCUUCAGAGGAGAGAGGAUGGGCCAAGUUUGCAGACUUCCAGCCGUUUUGUUGCUCCGAAGCAGGCCCCAGGUGCAGUUCUCCUGUGGACACAGAGAGCAGCAGUGACUUGGAAGCGAGCCCCAAGCAGAGCCAAGACAAGAACUUCAGCGCUGCCUCCCCGUGUGCCUGGAACGUCUGCCUGGCUCGGAAGGCGCCUCUGGUGGCCUCGGACAGCAGCUCAUCUGGCAGCUCAGACAGCGAGGAAGAGGAGGAGGAGAAAGCGGAGGUUGUCACAGAGACGCUCAGCACAGGUUCAGGCCAGGAAAUCACCCAGCUGACGGUGGAUGCUCAGGCUGAGGAGGCUGUGCUCACCAGCGCUGCUGACUCCCUGGCUGCUGACAAGCUGACCAUCCUGGAGACCGAGUCCUGCAAGCCCCAGUCUUGCGCUGACCCCCUACAGGCAUCAACCACCACAGAGGCCCGAAGAGACAGGAAAAAGGAUCUCCUGCCUGAAUCAGAAGCCGCCCUGAAUGGCCCCGCGUGACAAAGCGACAAGGCUUGGAGGUUGUGAGCUUGGUGGAGCUGCCGGCCCUUUCCAGACAUUGAACUGCCUUUCACCGACUGCUGCCUUGCUGAGAGAGCCGAGACGCUGAUGCUGCACCAGGACCCUGUCUGGCAGUCCUGCAGCGCGGGUGUGUGGCAGCAGUUCCCCCCAGCCCUGAAGGAGGACCUUCUCUUCAGAAAGGUGGCAGGCUGCAACUGGAACAGAGCCCAGCAUCACGGGUGGCAGUUCUGGACGGACAGCACUUGGCCCCCUUUUGUGUGGCAAUAACGCCUUAUCAAAGAUGAGGCAGACAGAGGGUGGGGCCGGGCAAGGACCUCCGGAGUGAGUCACCUGAAGGCGGCACCUUCUGGUCCCACUGUGUGGGUUUGCAGCAGCCCAAUGCCCAGCCCUGCCCUGCAGCUGACGUUCCAGGCCCUGGACCUUUGAGGAUGCAAGGAAUAGAGGAGACAGCUGCUGCUGCUGCGGGGGGCAACGUGUCUUUAGGUUCUUUUGGUUUAUUUUAUUUUCUUAAGUUUGUAAUGAAUGCUGGAACUGCAGCACUUUGCACUUUGUAUCUGGUCCGGGCUGGAAGUUGGAGGAGAUGGUGCCAUAGACGGCCCCUUCCUGCUGCAAGGACUCUGCAGAAGGGCAGAGGCUGCCCCCAGAGGGCCCUGGCACGAGGCCGGCUGGGACUGGCAGCCGUAAUCGCUCCGGGACAGUGUCCUCUCCGGCCACCCUCGACGGGCCUGCCUUGGGCAACCUCUUCGGCCCAGCCGUGCUGCAGGAGGCCACCGGCCACCCUCCUGUUUGGAAGCACUGGCUGAGGCCAUGCUGCCGUGGAGGCCCACUGGUCGCUGUGGGGAAAUAAAGCUCUGUGCUAAUGUGGCUUCUGGGCUGGCUGAGGAAGUGCAGCGUGGAAGUCUGGCCUGCCCCCCCCCCUUCUAGGAAUGCUUCCUUACACUGUAUGAUGGUGACAUCUCUUGUCCUGCACAGAAAGUGUGUCCAGAGUGACUGUCCAGGCUUGGGAGAGGCAGCAAGGGCUGGCAGCUGCGGGGGGUGUUCCCUGGACUCGCUUGUUAGCCGCCGCCCCCUCCCCCGGGUGCCCAAGGUAGAGAAACCACAGCCGCAAAGCUGAGUGCCCUCCCGCAGACUUGGCUUUUUCUUGAGGGGGAGCCUUGGGCCUUCCACAGCCAGUAUUAUAAAUCACAGCAUUAUAUGACGAUGCAGCAGGCCCCUCCCGCCUCUGACGCCUCUGAGAAAAGGUCCCAGAAGAGGGCAGAUCCAAAUGGGUGCUGUCCCUUCAUCCGAGGUGAAGCGUGCUGUUUAGCUAGAGAGAGGCCACGAAGAGCACGUGGGAGGGUGUGGUCAGGGAGAAAAGGUUUCUUUUCACCCAUCGUGCUCAGAUGUGGGGUUUCUUGAUGUCAGUGAAGAGGGACCGUAUUUGUCCUCCAGGCGACACCAUCUGUAUGGCAAUUAGCGAGGCCUGCCAGUGGCUGGCCAUGGAGCUUCCGUGUCAGAGGCAGUGUACCCCUGGGUAGCAGGGGCUGGGGAGGAACUCGCUGGGCUUGGCAGUGCUGGGCUAGGUGGGCCCGCAGCCAGGACAUUUGGCAUUUCCUUCCUCUGGAUUGUCCUGCGCGCCACGUAGCCAUGUUUUCCAGUUUUAGAAGUGGGAGCAGCUGUGAGGGGCCCGCCAUGCUGGGGCCUCAGUUGCAUCCUCCUGCUGGCAUGUUAAAGGCGUGGGUGGGGGGACACUGGAGUGCCCCAAGGCGAGCCCCGUUGUUUCCCUGGGAGCAAGAGUGGCUGCAGCUGGUGGGCGGGCCUCUUGGGUGGCCCAGACCUGUCCCACGGGGAGCCCAAAGGGAAGGGAGAGGCGGCAGGAGGCUGCACUUCUCAUCCCAAGGAGGCUGGGCCAUAGAAGCAUUUCUUGGGUCUUGCUGAGGGGCCCAGAUUGAGCUUGCAUUCAAACAAGCAACUGCACUGAACAAAAAUGCUACGAGGUACUUAUAUUCUCAGACGAAGGAGCUUCUGGGCAGUACAGGAGUCAGUGACAUUAAAUGUGAGCGGAUUAGGAGACACUUAGAAGUGCAGCCUGUCAGAUCAGCUGGAAGUGUAAGGUGGUGUUGAAUGUCAGCCACAGAUCGGUCCAGCUUUCCUGAUGACCUCACCCCACAUAUUCAUAUGUUAAACAGCACAGGCCCACAGGGGCUGAGGUGGGUCUUGCAGAACCCCACAGGCCACAGGGCUGAGCAGCACUCCCACAGCACCCCCACUCGACACCUGCCCUCCAGGUAGGACUGGAGCUGCCACGGAGCAAUGCUACUUGAUCUUAGCCCAGAAAGGCCGUCCAGAAGGAUUCUGUGAUCAGUGGUAUUAGAAGCUGUCAAGAGGAUCGACAGAGUGGCUGUGGCCAAAUUCAUGAUGGCUGCAUUGGUGUGUGGGUCAAAAACUGGUGACGUAGCAGCCCCAUGGAUGGAACAUGCUUGUCAUGCUGGUUGUUUUGGGGCACUGUAGGCUCGAGCAAUGCGCUCUUCAGUUUGGAAGUAGACCUGGAUACCUUUUCACAGGUGGAGGUUAGGAUUCAAGCAAGGUGCUCUAAUGGUAUUCCUGGCAUGCCUGUCCAGUGUGUGUCGAGACUUGUGUCUGGCAUGAUUUUGCCUCCGGCAGAAGGAAGAAAGGCAAUAAUAUAAUUUGUAUGAGCAACGAGGGGUGGGGAAGGUCAGACCGAUUCUGAGACCAUCGUUUCCAGAGUCCCCCUCCGACUAGGAGGGCUCCACUAACUUGGGAUGUUUGGGGCAGGCUCAAAACCACAUGAAGUCCCUGGGGGUGUCGCUGAAUAGCUGCCAGAUUUGUAACCAUCAUCUGCCUUAGCCUUUGCCGCUGACAGCAGGAGGCCUCUGUGGGGCGGGGGCACUGUUGGGGUGUUUGCUUUUUCUUCCCUGAGUUUUCUCAUUCAUCUGGGAAAUGGGAGGAGGAGAGCGUGCAUGAAGCCUGGAGGCUGGGGAGAGGGCAGUCUGCAGGUGCGCUUGAGAGCAGAGCUGAGCACUUCCUUGUUUGGGGAUCUCAGCUUAAGUUUCCUCCCCCCUCUUCCACCCCUUACUUGACAUGUGCCAUAGCAGCUGUGUGUGGUGUGUGCUGACAGUGGAACAAGGAAAGGAAACGGUUGACAGUCAGUUGGAUCGCUCCUAGCAAGCCACAUCCAGUUUAUGCUGCGGAGGGCCAGAAGGAAACACACCAGACAGAGUCCCGCCCCGUCCCCCGGCAGCUGGCACGUGUGGUCACCUGUGUUUGCAUUUGUGUUAAGAAAAACUUUCCUUCUGAAGGAAGGGGAGAUGUUGACUCAAAAUAAACAUUUAUCCAUGAA